CAACAUCUCCGAGGAGGCAGUGAGAGAGGCUGACAGCGCGGAGCUGGCGCUGCGGAGCGCAGGGAGCCGAGCCGGUUCCUCCGGCAGGCGUCUGCGAGGACAGCGGCGUCCUAUCCGCUCGGGUUCGGGGGUUUACACAGACGUGGAGCAAUGCUUGUGACUCUGCAGCUCCUCAAAAGCCAGAGGAAGAAGGUGAUGAAGGGCAACAUAACAGAAGACUGUAUUACCUCUUCUAGACCAAGGGCCCCUAGAAGCCUGUUACUCUGCACAUCCCAGGACCUCCGGCCCCAUGGAGCCCCCGAUCCCACAGAGCGUCCCCUUGACUCCUGGCUCAGUCAUGGUCCAGCCCCUCCUGGACAGCCGUACGGCCCACAGCCGGCUCCAGCACCCUCUCACCAUCCUUCCCAUCGACCAGAUGAAGACCAGCCACGUGGAGAACGACUACAUCGACAACCCUGGCCUGGCACCCCCCUCUGGCCCCAAGCGGACCCGGGGUGGAGCCCCAGAGCUGGCCCCAACCCCAGCCCGCUGUGACCAGGACAUCACCCACCACUGGAUCUCCUUCAGCGGGCGCCCCAGCUCUGUGAGCAGCAGCAGCAGCACGUCCUCCGACCAGCGCCUCUUAGACCACAUGGCGCCCCCACCCGUGGCUGAUCAGGCCUCCCCGAGGGCUGUGCGCAUCCAGCCCAAGGCCAUCCACUGCAAGCCGCUGGACCUUAAGGGCCCCUCUGGCCCCCCAGAGCUGGACAAGCACUUCUUGCUGUGCGAGGCCUGCGGGAAGUGUAAGUGCAAGGAGUGCGCGUCCCCCCGGACGUUGCCCUCCUGCUGGGUCUGCAACCAGGAGUGCCUGUGCUCGGCGCAGACGCUGGUCAACUAUGGCACCUGCAUGUGCCUGGUGCAGGGCAUCUUCUACCACUGCACCAACGAGGACGAUGAGGGCUCCUGCGCCGACCACCCCUGCUCCUGCUCCCGCUCAAACUGCUGCGCCCGCUGGUCCUUCAUGGGUGCCCUGUCCCUGGUGCUGCCCUGUCUGCUCUGCUACCUGCCCGCCACUGGCUGUGUGAAGCUGGCCCAGCGCGGCUACGACCGCCUGUGCCGCCCCGGGUGCCGCUGCAAGCACACGAACAGCGUCAUCUGCAAGGCAGCUGCUGGGGACGCCAAGGCCAGCAGACCUGACAAGCCUUUCUGACACUCGGGGUCAAGCCCAGCGCUCCGCCUGGAACCCUGGUUCCCUUCUGACACCUGAGAAGAGCACCACGGCACAGCCAGAGGUUUUAGCAUCCUGAGGCUGACCCUGCCACUCCACCCACCCCCCACCCCCAGCUGCUGAAGAAAUAGGGACCAUCACCCAACCCUGUCUUCCCCAAAAGGAUGAAGAAGCACUUUGGGGUUGUUUUGUUCAGGAUCCUGGAACUUUGUGUGAAACAGACAGUGGCAGGGGUGUGGUGUGGUUUGGGGGUGAUUUUUCUUUUCCAGAAGAUGGAACACAGAUGUGGACACAUAUCCGGAAGUUGCAGCUGCUUGAAUGCCUUCCUGGCCCUCCUCCUCCCUCGCUUUCUCCCUGCUCUUGUGCAUUCUCUCCGGCUGCCUGGGAGGAAUCUGAGUGGCCAGGGGACUUGGAAGAAGACACUUGGAGUCUUACGUCUGUACCUUCUCCUCCCAGCCUCCACCCCAGUCUGCCCCAUCUUGGGGAAGGUGUAGACCCUGGCAAUCCCUGUUGUAUAUACUCGGGAGCCCCCGCCCCUCGUUCCUUGCUCUGCCUGGAGCCAUGGAUGGAUUUAGGAGCCACUGCACAGUACAUUUUCUCCCUUCCAGCUUCCUCACUAACUCUCGGGGGUGUUCCACUCAUAAUACCGUCCUUCGGCUCUUACUGAGUCACAGACUCACCUGCCUGCUGUGUGCCCCCAGUUCUCUCUACCCAGAUCCUUUCCAGAAACUUCACUACGGGUAGAGAAGACUGGGGCAGCAAAUUUGAGACCAAAUAGCAUUUUGCCAAUGAGUCUGAGACUGUGGUCUCUGGAUCCAGUCGUUACACGUUUUUAUAUCAGAUACUAACGGUGUUUUAAAAAAAUAAUAAUAAAACACUUGCUUCCUUUUGGGCCACCCCCAGGAAGGGCUGAUUUCAAAAUCUGGGGGGCGAGCAACCUCAAGGAACACAAUCCCCCCCUCCCCACCAAGAAGAAGAUUUUAACAGCAGAGAAGAGAGGCAGCACCUCGCGCUGGCAGUGACGGCUGGGUGUGGGCUUCUUCUCUCCUGAUUCUGCUGCUCGCUGUCCUAGCCUUUCGUGUACAGUGUCUGUAUCUUUAAUGUAAAUAGUCAGAUGGUGACAAAAGAGUCUAUUUUAGCGUUAGGAGGCCCUGGCGGGGGGAGUCGGAAGAAUGCAGGUGGGGGGAGAUUCUCCGGGGGACUUCUUGGGAUUGAGCCCUGCUUCUGUGCAUGGCCACAUGAGCCCCUCCCAGCAGCCCCCAAAGACGUAGCAACUCUCUCAAGGUGCUAAAGGACUCAGAAAGCGCAGCUCGUCCCGUGGGUAGGUACUUGUUGCAUGCAAAAGCUGUAGUGUGUCUGGUCCUUACUCCCCAGCAAUUGUGUGGGGUUUUUGCUUCAUGUGGUAUUUUGUGCCUCCUCCCUUUCUCCCUCCCCGCCGUGAGAGAAAGUAGCUUGGGUCAGAAGAGCUACCCUGGGGCGGUGUUGGAAGUGUACUAGGCACAGCCUUUGUAGCACUUCAGUUUGUUCUGUAGGAACAGAACAGCCUCCUUGAAGGAGGCAGGGAGCUGUGAUGGUCAUGCACCCAAUGCUUCUCAAGGACUUUUUUUUUCCCUUCCCUUCUUGAAGACUGGUAGUAACAUCUUAUGAUUUAGAAUAAGUUAAUUGUAACUGUAGGUAUUUAUUGACUGGAGGAAAGGAGGGGAUGGUCUUAUUAUUUUAGGCUUUAUUUAUAUAACAUUUGCUAGCUUGUAAAAGGCGAAUAUGAAAUACUGCAUCUGCGUUUUCUAAGGCUGAUUCCUGUAGCUACCCUUGCCACAGUUGUCAUGGAUGUAUGGAUGUUCUUGCACAAAUCAGAGGGAAUGAUAGAAAAAACACAUUCAGCCAACCACUUGUCCUAAUUGAAUGUAUCAGAUGUGUACUAAAGGGACUGGAGAUGUUUUUCCUCAGAACAGGUGUGCAGAGGUUACCCCCAAAAAGACAGGGCAUACUUCCACUCUGGGAGAAGCCUCAGAACUUUCCCCAAAGCCCCUCCCUCAAAUGUCUCCACGGGAAACUUGACCCAGUGGCAAGUUGCACUUUGGUGAUCUUUGGUGUUCUACAUGCCCAUUCUGUGGAGAACUGAUUUACAUAAGCUGUGCACACACACACACCUUACCCCUACCCCACCAUCUCUACAAAGACCCUUGUUUCCUGGCAAGUAGCCUCCUGAACACACACACACACACACACACACACCCUACCCCUACCCCACCAUCUCUACAAAGACCCUUGUUUCCUGGCAAGUAGCCUCCUGAACCCUGACUUUGUGUAUAUAGUUGUAAACACGGAUUUUUCUGGGUUUUGGUUUCCUUUUUUUCCUUCCCCUGCUUUGGCUUGUUCUUUUGGGUUCGCAUCUAACCUGCUAGGUAGAUGUCUGCAGAAUUCUCUGUGUCCCGUGUGCUCAGCUUUCGUUCUCCCAGCUCUGUGGCAUAGCAGUCCCUCGGCAUGUUUUUCUGGCUAAAAGAAAAAACCUGGCUUGCCUGUGGCCCCCAGGGGCCAGUCAAGGGCCACUGAGGGAUCAACCUGUCAGCAACACAAUGCAUUUCUGUGGCCACUUCUGGCUGAUUGUGUGUCCUGUGACCAAUGGCUUGCUUGGCUGGAUUAUGCCUUCUCAUCUUGACCUUUUAAGCAGACUGCCAGCUGCUUCCCACUAAGGUUCAAUCUGGGAUGGCUGGUGGUUCUUCCUGGAACUGGGGGUGGGAUCCACAAGCCUGGGCCCAGGACCCUUGUCCUAAGGGGCCACAGCUGCUUCCCCUGGAGGGUGGGUUCGUAAAGUCCCAAAACUCCGGCAAGCGCCCUGAGAAUAGGGUCUAGGAGAGCCAAGCCUUUCUAGGUAGAGGAUGGGGUACACCAAGGCUCCCCACUGGCUCUGGGAGGAGUGGAGACCAGCCCCUGCUGUUGAUACGGGCCCCUUCACAACUGAUGGCCGGAAGACUGUCAUGUGACAUGUCUGGUUCUUUCAGCACUCUGGAGUCUGCAUACAUCCCCGCUUGACAUCGAGUGAGGCCCAGUUAGAUUACGACAAGUCCCCAGUGUGGAAGGUGUAGGUUGGGACCAGAUACCGUCACGUUCAUGGUCUCCGUGCUGCCCCAGGAGGUGUCCGGCGGGGUGUAGGCACCACCACUUUGCACUGUACAUGUCACUAGAGCAUCCUAUGAACUUAACUGGCCUUCUGGUUUAUGCCUUUGGUAAGCAUUUUCAUGCCCUCUGCUUACUGUGACAGUCAGUGACAAAUCUUAAGCUGCCAUUUUUGCUGUGGGUAACUCGGUGUGGUGUCUUGUCUUGCUUUCUCUUCUCACUGCCCCACAGUUCCGUUUUGUGUUAAAAACAGAAAAGCUAUUCAAGGGUCCCAUCCUGUCACAUUUUCCCUCUUCGCUGUAACCCUUUCUCACCCCACAUCAAAAGUUACCACAGAAGGUUUCCUUUGUAUAGAAUAUUUAUUUUGAAGCUCUAUUUUAAUAGUAUUUAUUUUAGAAAGUCUACUAUUGUAAGAGUUCUUCUGUUUGUGAAGAAAAAGCAAGUUAAAAACUGAAUGUACUGAUCUAGAAAAUAUAUAUAAAUAUAUAUUGUUAAAUAUA